AUGGCAUCCUCACAAGAUGCAUUGGCAUAUCAUGAGCCAGGGAUCCAAACUAUUCUGAUGCAGUCUAGCUUUCUGCUUGUCCUCAACUGGGUGAACGCUCUACUUGAUAAGCUGAUCUACUGCGGGCUCAUUGGGCAACUUCUCAUUGGGAUGGCAUGGGGAGUCCCCGGAGCCAACUGGCUAGGACUGGACGUUCAGAAAACCGUUCAGCAGCUCGGUUAUCUCGGGUUGCUUCUUUUGGUGUACGAGGGUGGCCUUUCAACAUCGUUCUCUCAAUUGAAAUCAAACUUCAUUCUGUCCUCCAUGGUGGCGAUCACCGGGAUAGGUGUGCCUAUGGCUUUAUCCUUUGUCCUGAUGAGCCUGCUAUCAGCGACUCCUCUCCAGGCAUUUGCCGCCGGUGCAUCCCUCUGCUCAACGAGUAUCGGAACAACAUUCACCAUCCUGUCCACGACGGGAUUGGCAAAGACCCGGUUGGGUGUUGUCCUCGGCAGCGCAGCGAUGAUGGACGAUGUCGCGGGCUUGGUGAUGGUCCAAAUCAUCUCGAACCUGGGUGGUGCGAAUCGGAAAUCGUCCUUCGACCCGGUGGUCGUGAUCAGACCCAUCCUUGUUGCCUUUGGAUUUGCUUUGGGGCUUCUUCUCAUUUGUCGGUUUGUCGUUGCGGUGAUCGUGCGCAAACUUCAGGCGCACGAGAUUCGGGUCCCUGGUUGGAUGAGGUCACUGAAUGUCGCAUUUGUUGUCUACAUGCUCUAUCUCAUUGGAUUGGUCACCGGCGCACAGUACGCAGGCACGUCGGGACUCUUCGCUGCAUAUCUGGCUGGGGCUAGUAUUUCCUGGCUUGACGAGACGUUGGCCACUCGUGAAAAGCAGCCAAUGACCGAAAUCCCAGCCAAUGACCAGCGUGGACAUCAGCCGGAGAGCAUUGAAAUGCAGUCUCGUCUGACUUGUGACGCAAAUCAUACACAAAGAAGCCACAGAGAAGCCGAGGCCACCGCUCAUACGGAACGGACUAUGCAUUUCAAGCGACCAACUGGAGAACUUACGUUUGAAACUUUCUGCAAAGAGCCCCUCAAACGGAUUCUGAGCCCACUCUUUUUUGCUUCGAUAGGUUUCUCCAUUCCAAUCACGAAAAUGUUCGAAGGGAGGGUAGUCUGGCGAGGCGUAGUUUACACUCUUCUCAUGACUUUUGGCAAGCUAGUGACCGGAUUCUGGCUGAUUCGGUUGACCUUACCCGGGUCAAAGCCGUUGAACAAGGCGAAGAGGGUUCUACUCGGGGUUGCCACUGUGAGCGCGGUCAAGUCAUGCAAGACCCGAUCUCAGCCAGACAGUGACUCCUCACGUGCCUCAGCGCAAAGACAGACACCACAGACACCACAGACACCACAGACACCAAAGAGCGAUGGACCAAAGAGAGAAGAAAGCCAAUCAUCUGAAUCAAACCCGCGCCAGCAGGACCCUCAACUCCAGGCGGCAAUAGCAGUAGCUGAUUCGCCACAAGAAGGGCUUUGUCCUCCUGUGGCACAAAUCAGCAGCUCACAGCUUCCUCCCAAGCCUCGCUCGUUGUAUCCGGCGUCGAUUUUGGGUUUGGCUAUGGUGGCGCGAGGCGAGAUUGGCUACCUCAUCGCAUCGCUGGCCGAGGCGGAUGGGAUCUUCUCCCCUCAUUCGUCCUCAUCUCCCACACCCAGCAGCCAAGAGGUAGACUCUGAGACCUAUCUGGUGGUCAUCUGGGCAAUCACCCUCUGCACUUUCAUUGGGCCCCUUUCUGUCGGGCUUCUAGUGAAGAGGGUGAAAACCCUCCAGAGACUUCGAACCCGUUCUGCCGGCGAAGACCCUCUAGGCGCGUGGGGCGUCUCUUGA